UCAUUAUGAAAGGUUCUAUUGUCGGAUUGUGGUUGUUAACCGCAGUUAUUACAUUGAAUCUGAAAGUCAAUUCAGAGGUUGUCGGUUAUCGUCUAAGCAGAUACAUACGCCCAUCGUUUUACAAUUUAUCUAUCAAUAUCCAAGACGAUGCAUCGAAUCCGGGCACAACGUUUAAUGGCGAAGUCGCUAUAACUCUGCAGUCGAAUCAGAGCAAUUUACUGGAAAUAACUCUACAUAAUAGGCUUCUUAAUAUAACACGCUGCUUGCUAUACAAUAAGGAUGGUCGCCUGCAACAAGAUAUUGCAGCUGGUCAACUGCGGUACAACAAUGAGACUGAACUGUUAACAGUGCCUCUUUUGCAGCCAUUGAUUGCCAAUGCAAACUACACGUUGUACUUUAAGUACUCAGGGGAAAGUAAAAUCUGAUACAUUAGGUCUAUUUUCAAAGGAAAACUGGAACGCUGGGAACUCUAGUACCAGAGCUCACAAAGUGUUUUUAACACAAUUCGAAUCGAUAGAUGCCCGA